UAAAUACAAUGAAAUUAAUUAAAAAGUACAUUACAUUACAUUCAAAAAAUGUUACAUUUCCCAAUGGAAUUUCCAAUAAACAUCAUUGUAAAACAACUGACAUUGAAACUCGAUCAAAUGAUCAAAUCGAUGAAACAAUGGAUUGGCUUAUUCAUAAUGAAAGUAACAUAGGUUUCAUGGAAACCAUUCCACAUGUAUUGAUUAGCUAUAGUCAUGAUGAGAAAGAUAUUGCAAAGUAUUUAGUUGAACAAUUACAAAAUAAAGGUUAUAAGGUAUGGGUUGACUAUCAAGAUCUACUCUAUGAAACUGAUGUAAUGGAUGGGAUAGCAAAAGCUGUGGAAAAUUCUUUUGCAGUUUGUAUUCUUUAUUCAAAAUCAUAUAAAGAAAGUUUCAAUGCGAAAUGUGAAGCUCAGUAUGCUUAUCAUGAAAAAAAACCUUUACUAUUUUUACGUGUACAACGGGGUUAUGUACCAGAUGGGUGGUUAGGUUUUAUGAUUGGUACACGGCUGUAUAUUGAUAUUUCUGGUAAAUAUCCAUUUGAAGAUAAAUUUAUUGAAUUAUGCAAACGAAUCGAUAUGUGCAAACAACACGUGAUCAAGGAAUUGAAUAAUCGCGGUGAAAAGACUACAACAGUGAUAAAUACAAAAGAAAGUCCUUGA